CGUUCAUUUGUUGUUCAGCAGCUGUUUACAGUUCACAUGUGUUACUGGUGUGUAUACCUGUGCUGCUCUGGUGAUACACCCAUCGUUAAGACUAAUUUGACGCAUGUUUUAUUUGGUUAUCUUUGACGAGUUACUCUCCCCUCACCGCUCGCUGCGGAGGUUUAUUUGUUUAUACAUUUUAAAUUAAUUGUUUUGAAGAUGUCUCGUCCGGGUUUGAGCUGCCCGGGCUGCGGCUCCUCCAACGUCGUCGAAGAUGAUCUGUACUGUCAGUCGCAGCUUGUGUGUGUGGACUGCGGCUCCGUGGUGUCCGAGGGAGUGCUGGCCAAUGACCCAGUCGGAGGUUCAGAUGUCAGCUACAGCCGAACCACAGCUGUGGCCAAAAGGCCGUGUACAAACCUGAUUAAAGGUCUGCAGCGUCUGAAAGCUAUAUGUCGGACUCUCAGGGUCCACGGUGAGAUCGAGGAUCUCUCGCAGACCUACUACAACCAGGCUUACCAGCAUGAAAGUUUCAUCAAAGUGAGCCUCCAGAAGAAAGAAGUUCUCGCUGGUUGCUGUGUGCUCGUAAGCUGCAGACUGCUCAACUGGCCCAUUACCUUGGGAACCAUCAGCUGCCUGCUGGAUGCCGACUCCAUGGUGGUGGGGGUAGUUUAUCAAGAAAUGAUCAAGAUUCUCAACAUCAAGGCUCCGAUUAUUAACAUCACUGAUGUAAUGGAAGCUCACAGUCAGGAGUACAAAAUCAGUUCUCCUCACGUUCCUGAAGAAUUCGCCGAGAACUCCAAGGACUUGACCAAACGUGCCGUGGCUCUGGUGGAGCUGGCAGCAGAUUCCUGGAUUGUGACUGGCCGUAAGCCCAUCCCCAUCAUGAUGGCAGCCAUCUAUUUGGCUUGGCAGUCCUUGAAACCCACCAAGCCCCGGCUCAAAUUCUCUCUGGACAAAUUCUGCCAGAUGGCCAAAGUGAAUAAGCACAAACCCGCUAUGAAGAGAAUAGCUGAGAUGAAGGAGGUGCUGUGCAAGUUGGGUCAGGAGAUUCCCUGGAUCAGGGAGGAAGUGACUCCAGAUAAUGUCAUUAAGCAGGUGGAAGAUAUUGUGCAGUACAGGUACGCCCUGCUCAGGAGGGCUCUGAGAACUCACGAGAAUGCUCUGCUGGAGUGUGAGGCCAGCUGUGAGGACUCUCUGACUGCUCCAUCCCAAACGUCCGAGCUCGUAGAGAAGACUCCGAAUUCAUCCUCCGUGGAACAGUGUGAACCGAAGGCUAAAAAUACAGAGCGAGCAGGAGAUGGAGAUGAUAUUCCAUUCACCGUGUCUGAACCGCACGGCGACCCUCAGGACAGCCAAGAUCCAACACCAAACUGGGGGAAGAGAGUGCUUUUUGCUCCUCCGUGUGUGAUUCAUGCUAAGAAAAGGAGAGUGGCGCAGCCAGAGCUCAAGGAUGUAACUGGUGAUGAGGAAAUCUCUGACAGUGAGAUUGACUCAUACAUCCGCACUCCUCGAGAGGCUAGAGACUUCGCUCUGACGCAGAAAAUGUUGUCCACAUCUGAAAGUAAGAAAUCAUAACCAGUUACAUAUGGAGACCAGUGUCUACUUCUUUGGACAUUGGUUAUAUAAGACAAAAUAUAUUGAUUAUCAUUUUGACAAGACUUGGAUGAUGGUAUGAUAUUGCCCCCAACCUUUUUUUUUUAUAUAGUUCUAUUCAGUAACAGAUUGUAUCUGUUCAUUAUUUUGCUGCUUAUACUUCACUUUCUAAUAAAGCUUUGUUGA